AUGGGCCUAGUCAACCAGCUCACGGAGUUCUCACCCGACAUCGCUGCUAACGCCCAACCCCUCAGACCCCUCAUGAGCCCACGGCGUGCAUUCGUGUGGACUGCUGACCACGAGGCAGCCUUCUCCAAGGUGAAGGAAGCUCUCUCGCGUCCACCGCUGCUCGCCAUGUUCGACCCGCACCUGCCCACGAUUCUGCAGACCGACGCAUCUCGUCUCUACGGAAUCGGCUACGCACUCUUCAAGACCACGGCAGCAACAACCGUCGCUUGGUCCAGCUUGCACCACUACGAACAUGUGACGGACCACCGCCCGCUCAUCCCUAUCCUGAACCACUACACCCUCGACGCUGUAGAGAACCCUCGUCUGCAGCGCCUGAAGGAGAAGCUGUCGCCAUACGUCUUCACCACCAAGUGGCGUGCAGGCAAGAUGCUCUGCAUCCCUGACGCGCUGUCCCGCCACCCAGUGAAGCAUCCAGAGACUGGCGACGACAUGCUUCACAACAUCUCCGUCCGGGACGCCGUUACUCUGAGGGCAGUGCGUACCCUAACCUUGCCCGAGGACCAGAACCCGACGGGAGACGUACGGCAAGCAGCACGCAACGACGAGACAUUCGCGAUGAGCUUCUACUGCGACGGUGACCUCCUACUCUACGGCCCGCGCGUCAUAGUACCAGCAGCGCUACGCAAGUCAGUUCUACAGCGUUUGCACGACAGCCACCGCGGAUCCGAGGCUACAAAGCGCCGUGCAGGGCAAACAGUCUUCUGGCCGGGCAUAAACGCCGACAUUACCAACGUCGUGCGCGCUUGCGAAGCCUGCCAGACACUUCUACCCAGUCAACAGCAGGAGGAGUACAAGAACGACGACCAUCCCACACGACCUUUCGAGUCUAUGUCAGCGGACCACUUUUCCGUGGCAGGGAAAGCAUUCCUUGUCAUCGCGGACCGCCUGUCUGGGUGGCCAGUCGUCUUCCCGUGCGGCAGGGACACUACCGCUGACGCCACCAUACGCCAGUUCAGGAGCUACUUCCGCGACUUAGGCGUCCCCCUGCGACUGAGAACCGACGGCGGACCCCAGUUCACAAGCAGCGCUUUCAAGCAGUUCCUGACUCGCUGGGGUGUUCGACAUACAGUGACUUCCCCCCACUACCCGCAGUCUAACGGCCAUGCUGAAGCGGCCGUAAAGUCCAUGAAACACCUAAUCAUGAAGGUCGCUCCCACGGGCAACAUAGACUGCGAGGACUUUGACAGGGGCCUUCUGGAAGUCCGCAACACUCCCAACCGCAGUGGUCGCUCGCCUGCUCAAAUCCUGUACGGUCACCCUCUCCGCACCUGUGUUCCAGCCCACCACGCUUCCUUCCGGGCAGAGUGGCAGGCCGAAGCGGAGGAGUGCGAUCGCCGUGCAGCACAACAGACAGAGCAGGCAAUACAGCGCUACAACCAGCACGCGCGUCAACCGCCCCUCCUACUCGUCAACCAGCGCGUCCGCGUUCAGGACCGUGUCUGGCCUCUGGGACAAGGUCGGCAUUGUGAUGGCGCGCGGACGAUCGCGGCAGUUUCAAGUUCGCCUCCCGAGUGGACGCCUUCUUCAGAGAAACCGCCGCCACCUGCGCCCCGCAGCAGUCCCUGA